CUCCCGGUCGAAUGUGAUUGGAUUACCGUCUUUACGUAAUUUUGGACGACAUAAAGCUGUUGUACAUCUAACUCUAAGUCAGUUCUCCUAAGAUGGCGGACAUGAUGAAUAGCUCUUCCAAGCUGACUGAUAUUGAAAUGGAAAAUCGGGGUCAGGCAGAUCCGCCGGUAGGUAGUAACUAACGCGUAGAGACUUUUCACACGAUUUAGUUCACCACUGCCCAAGGUAAUAAUUCUCAGUGACUUCGAAAAUGUUUUAAUUUUUUCGAUCCUCUAUUUUUUAGAAUUACAAUAAAGCUUACUUGCCGGUAGACGAGGAGGCGGGAAAUGGACUUCACGAGGACGAAGAGGGUGAAGAAUUUGAUCCUUGGGCUUUGCCUGAACUCCAAGAUCUUGGCCCUAAGUGGUCUGGUAAGUAGUAAAGCUUUUGUUGUUGUAAUUUUUGAUCUUGUCAUGAAAUUUAUAGUAUUUGUGAACCGAUUUUCCCGUUCAACACUAAUUCUGAUUUUGGCGGGCCCACAGAACUUGAUGGAUGCGGCAAAGUGAAACGAGUGUCUUUGGCAGUUGGCAAGGUCAUUCUUCUUCUUGGUCUUCUCUAUGUAUUUAUCUGUUCACUGGACUUCCUCAGUAGUGCCUUCCGAUUGCUUGGAGGAAAAGCGGCAGGCGAAGCAUUUGCGUCUAAUAAAAUUUUGAGUAACCCCGUCGCUGGCUUGAUGAUCGGCAUCUUGGCAACGGUUCUUGUUCAAAGUUCAUCUACAACCACAUCCAUCGUUGUUUCAAUGGUCGCUGCGCAGAGUAAGUUUGAUUUGGUAUUUUUAAAAGAAGCAUUUAAAAUAACACUCCUCAGUACAAGUUUGUGUUAAAUAUUUGUUGAAUUCUUUAUUUUUGUUAGCAAUCAAUCGUUUGGGGGUGAAAACUUGAACACUUCUCUAAGAUUUAGUACAGUUUUUUAAAAUUUUUCUUCACUUUCCUUGAUGUUUUUCGGGUAUUAAUCGUAGGUCUAGUGAAAACUAUUGGAUACGUCAAUAGUUGCCCCCAUUGCCAGUGUUGAGGAACAUUUGACACCUGUUAUAAUGCACAAUUUUGUUUCCGAACAUGAUUGAUAACUAAAUUUUUCAGUGUUUUAACUUCACUUGCAGCUCUUUAAGACUAAUAAUUUCGUUGAAGAAAAAUUCGAUCUUCAAUAAUUAAGUAUAUUGAAAGAGUAUCUCGUCAAGUGACGAAUUUCAGUGAUGUUAUUUGCGUAGUAGGUGCUCUUUAUGUUGCUCUGCCUCAUUACCUAUAGUUCUGAUUAUAUUAAAAUACCGAGGUUUGUUAAUUUGUGGAGGUUAAUGUAUGCAAGGGCCAUAUCAGACACGAUUUUUUGUUAUUGGCAAAACAUUAAAUUUAAACCUUUAUGCCAAUCAAAGGAGAUUUGUAUUAAUUACUUAAGAUGAAAUUGUGAUGUUUCUUGUCCAUCAUUUGCUCAGAAGUUGUAUGGUGACUUGUUAGGGGUAAAUAUUGGUCUUGAAUGUGGUCUUUGACUGAGUGCAAUUGUGUUAUUUUUAGCUAAAUUUUGUUGACAUAAACAGCCUUGCUAGAUUUAUGAAUUAAAUUGAAUUUUAGUAGAUGUAAAAGAGAAUGUGUACAUUUUUUCAGUUUUAGAGGUUGAGCCUGCUAUUCCAAUUGUGAUGGGUGCCAACAUAGGAACAUCAGUCACCAACACCAUAGUUUCACUUGCACAAGCUGCUGAACGUAAUGAGUUUCGACGUGCCUUUGCUGGUGCGACAGUACAUGAUAUAUUUAACUGGCUGUCUGUGAUCAUAUUCCUGCCCUUGGAGGUUAUCACGCAUUUCCUACUUCAUCUUACUGGUGAGAUCAUUGAUGUACUUCCUUUGACUCAGAAGAAAGGAACUGACAAAAAGUUGCUGAAGAAAUUGACAGAACCAUUUACUAAGCUUAUAAUUCAGUUAGACAAAAAAGUUAUAGAGAAUAUUGCACUGGGAGAUAAAUCAGCAGAGUCAAAAUCCCUUAUCAAAGACUGUUCACCCAAGGAAGUAAUAGAGACUGUUAAUAAAACCUUGAAUGGGACUAUUUAUUUGGAAAAUGUGACAACAAUUGAACCUGCCUCAUGCAAGUUUCUCUUCCAUGGUACAUCCCUGAGCGACACUGAGGUUGGCAUCAUAAUCCUGGUUCUCUCCAUUGGCCUGCUCUGUAUCUGUCUUGUCAGUAUUGUUAAGGUUCUUCACUCCAUGCUUCGUGGUCAGAUGGCAAAAAUCAUCAAGAAGACCGUCAAUGCAGACUUCCCUGGACCAUUCAAACAUCUCACUGGUUACUUGGCAAUUCUUGUUGGUGCUGGUCUUACUAUGUUGGUACAGUCCAGUUCCAUCUUUACAUCAGCCCUUACACCUCUCAUAGGAGUUGGAGUCGUUACCAUUGAACGAGCCUUCCCUCUUACCUUGGGUUCAAACAUUGGAACAACUGCAACAGGUAUUUUGGCUGCUUUGGCAAGUGCGUCAAAUCUGGAUAAGGCCCUUCAGAUUGCCUUCUGCCAUCUAUUCUUCAAUAUUUCUGGUAUCUUGGUUUGGUAUCCUAUCCCUUACCUGCGAAAAGUUCCCAUUGGUUUUGCCAAGUCGUUAGGAAACAAAACGGCUGACUACAGAUGGUUUGCCAUUGCAUACCUGGUGUUUGGCUUUUUCCUUCUUCCAGCAGCUGUCUUCGGCUUGUCACUUGCUGGUUGGCAGAUUCUCCUUGGUGUAGCUGCACCCCUCCUACUUCUCUUCCUGUUCAUUGUCAUUGUGAACAUCUUUCAGAGGAAAGCUCCUGGUCAUUUACCAGAUGUUCUCCAAGACUGGGAAUGGUUGCCAAAGUGGACACGAUCACUAGAGCCUCAUGACCGUGUUUUCUCCAAAGUUACUGAGCUGAGCAGAAUGUGCCGUUCAGACAGGACUAGGCAAGCAUCCAACACAGAAUCGCGUGUGUAGAAGAGACUGGUUUUUGUAUUUAUUUAGUCUGGAGCCUAUGGUUAGAUCAGUAGUUUUCAGAGUUAUUCAUUAGAAGAUGAAAGCAGUUAAAACAUGCUGAUUUUUGUUUUUGAUUAUGUUAUUUUUAUUUACCCUUGGUGUCUUUGAAUUAUUUAUUUGUCAGAAAAAUGCAAUCAAAAUGAUCAAGCCUUUUUUAUUUUGUGGCAGACAUUCUCUAAUUUCUGGAAUGGGAGAAAGGAACUUUGUGCUAAUAUGUUACAAUAGUAGCUCAAUCAUGUAGUUUUUCUUUGGAAGCUAUUUGGCAAAUUACCUAAAACAUCUUUUCAGAUGGCUAAAAUUAAAAGAAAUGAAAAUUGCUCUACUAUUUGGCAUAGUGCAAACUUCCUAGUAAUGUAAGUAAUCUGUUUAGUGACUAAACUUUGUUCCCUGCUAAAUGCAAUAUACAUUGUUAAUGGUUCAUGUAACAGUGAUCUUAAAACUACUUUGUGGGUAGUGAUAUUUUUGUAAUUCUUGCUUCCUGUUUUUCAGGUUAUGUAAACCCUAUUUACAUCCAAAAAAAAAAUACAUCUAAGGAUGAGUGUGCAGGAAUUGUAGCUAAAAAACCACUUAUCUUUAUGAUCAAGUUAAAUGGUCAUGUGGCAAGUCUGACCUCUGAUGCAUAUGGGGUUUACAUGUAGAUACAGUAACAUGCUAUGUUAGAUUUGUACAUUGCUUUUAAUGUUGAAUAAAACACAGAGCUUGCUUUCAUGCUAAGGUAAGUUUGGUAUUUAUAGUAUCAUAACUAUUGUUAAUUUAAAGGACAUUGUAUUAAUGUUUGUUAUGAGAAUAAACAAUUCAAUGGGUUGAGUUAAAUGAGUUAUAUAUUUUUUAUUUGCUCAUUUCAGA